AUGGAAGGUAUCAGAAGCAUUCACUCCGAUACCACAGCAUAUCAAUUUUUUAUACGAUCCACUAGCAACAACAACGGUAACACCACAAGAAAAGGCACUUUACCUCUCCAGGAAACAUCAACAAAUAUUAUCAACAAUAGGACCAACAACUACAACAACAACAACAACAACAACAACGUAACGGCCAUGUUACGAAAUAACAAGCUAUCGACUACUUCAUCACCAAUAAAGCCAACUAAUGAUUUGCGUAAUAUCAAAAAGCGUGCAGCUACUUCACCAACACCAGCUAUAAAUUCACAAAAUUUAAAAAGAAAAGUAAACAAGAUAUCAUCGAUAAAAGCUGAUGAAGAAAAUGUAUCUCCAAUCAAACAACAACGCCAUGAUAACUUAAUCAUUGCUGAAAAGAGUUCCUUUAUUGAGCAAAGUCCGCGUGCUUCUACUGGCCAGUUGCAAAAUAGUACCAAUCAACCUAGUAAUGCAUACCCCCUAUGGCCACCACUGUCAAUUGAUGAGGUUGAGUUGCAUCGCCAAGUAUAUUUAAUGGAACAAAGAGCCAAAUAUUAUGAAUCGCUUUCCCAGUUCUUAACAUUGGAACGUCAAUUGGAGAUGGAAGUCGCCAAAACCAAUUAA